CGCGCGCGCACGCACACACACUCACACUCUGGGAGCAGAGCGAGAAGGGAGAGGGAGCCAACGAGAGCGGGGCGCAGGGCGCGGGGAGCCCCAGGCACACGCACCGAGAGCAAGCCAAGUUCCGCAGCCCAGCAUGGCUUCGGGGGACCUUUACGAGGUUGAGAGGAUCGUAGACAAAAGGAAGAACAAGAAAGGGAAAUGGGAAUAUCUCAUCCGAUGGAAAGGUUAUGGCAGCAACGAAGACACGUGGGAGCCCGAGCAUCAUUUACUGCACUGUGAGGAGUUUAUCGAUGAGUUUAAUGGGCUGCAUGUGGCAAGAGAGAAGAGGAUUAAGUCUGGGAAGCAGACCAACACCCCAAAAUUCCUAAGAGAAAGUCGAGGAGCAUCUAUUGAGAAACUGUCUCAUAGACCUGAAUCAGGGAAGAGCAAAGGGAGUUCCCACAAACGGAAGCGGAUGAACCCUUCCCUCCAAAAACCAAAAAAGGGGUAUGCCACAAAGCCCCAGUCCGGGGGGGACAGGGCUGCCAAGACUGUUUCUUACCGAACUACGCCCAGUGGCUUGCAAAUCAUGCCAUUAAAAAAGGCACACAGUGGGAUACUGAAUGGAGAUGCCAGUCAUGAGAAGGAUGCGGGACACUUUGGGGAUGCCACCCACACACCCAACUUGGAUUUGAAUGAACACGAGGGAGAGCCCGACAUGGCCAACGAAUGUGAAGUUAGCCACGACUCAGUGGUCUCGAAUGGAAUCGGUUCCACUCUGACCAAUGGAGGUUUACACUUGCAUAGUCCUGUGAAGAGGAAACUUGAAGGGGACAAAGAUUACGUCUUUGAUAAGAGGCUCAGGUAUAGUGUCCGUCAAAAUGAGAGCAACUGUCGGUUUCGAGACAUUGUGGUGAGGAAGGAAGAAGGAUUCACCCACAUUCUGCUAUCCAGCCAGACUUCUGACAACAAUGCUCUGACACCUGAGAUUAUGAAGGAAGUGCGGAGAGCUUUGUGCAACGCGUCCACGGACGACAGCAAACUCUUGCUUCUCAGCGCGGUUGGAAGUGUGUUCUGUAGCGGCUUAGAUUAUUCCUACUUACUUGGCAGGUUGUCCACCGACAGAAGAAAGGAGAGUGCCAGGAUUGCAGAAGCCAUAAGGGAUUUUGUAAGAGCUUUCAUCCAGUUUAAGAAGCCUAUUGUGGUUGCUAUUAAUGGGCCUGCCCUGGGGCUGGGCGCAUCUAUCCUGCCUCUCUGUGACAUCGUCUGGGCCAGUGAAAAGGCUUGGUUUCAGACGCCAUAUGCAACCAUACGCCUCACUCCUGCUGGAUGCUCCUCCUAUACAUUCCCACAAAUCCUUGGUGUUGCUCUGGCCAAUGAAAUGUUGUUCUGUGGAAGGAAGCUCACAGCUCAGGAAGCUUGUAGCCGAGGGCUUGUGUCCCAAGUCUUCUGGCCAACCACCUUCAGCCAAGAAGUCAUGUUGCGCGUCAAAGAGAUGGCCGCUUGCAGUGCUGUGGUGUUAGAGGAGUCUAAAUGCCUCGUGAGGAGCUUCCUGAAAUCGGUCCUUGAGGAUGUGAAUGAGAAGGAAUGUCAGAUGCUAAGACAGCUAUGGAGUUCUUCCAAAGGCCUGGAUUCACUAUUCAGCUACCUGCAAGAAAAAAUCUAUGAAGUCUGA